CUAUUCAUAUGGGGUUUAGGGCCGGCGUAUGUGCCCUAUUGGUUGUGGUCGGAGUCGUUGUGGUGCUCGUGGUUUGUGGCAGUUAUGCUCCGCUACUGUAUAUCAUUGCACACAAGUUUCCUCAUUAAUAGUGCCGCUCAUAUGUAUGGCAUGAAGCCGUACGACAACACACUAAUACCGGUUGAGGCAAAUGUGCGACACUUUCUGGUGGGCGAAGGCUUUCAUAACUAUCACCACUCGUUUCCACAGGAUUACUCGGCCUCAGAGUUGGGUGCGAUCGACUCAUUCAACCCGCAGACGGCAUUCAUAGACAUGUUUGCGGCCAUCGGUUGGGCCUAUGAUCUCAAAAAGCCGUCCAUCGAUGCGGUGAAGAACCGUCGGAUCAGAUGCGGUGAUAAUAGUAACCAGAUAUCCAGAUCCCGACUGUCGGAGCAAAUCGUUGGUCUAUUGACCGUAUUUAUGCCCUUUUGGGUCAUAACUAUACUCCGGAUGAAUGCGUUUGUAUGGCCUGUAAUACCAAUGGGUUUAUAUCUGAUUACAUGCCAUCCGCACGGCUUUAACACUAAUAAAGUGAUUAAAAGCAAGACCGUCGAUGUAUCUAACCUACUCGCCGACCCAGUGGUCAGUUUCCAACACAAGCAUUACUUUGUGUUAGGGUUAUUCAUAUGGGGUUUAGGGCCGGCGUAUGUGACCUAUUGGUUGUGGUCGGAGUCGUUGUGGUGCUCCUGGUUUGUGGCAGUUAUGCUCCGCUAUGUUAUAUCACUUCACACCAGUUUCCUCAUUAACAGCGCCGCACAUAUGUAUGGCAUGAAGGUAUUUAUGCAUGUUAACUAG